AUGUUGAACAUGGGAGGACCUUCGACCGUACCAGAGACCUAUGACUUCCUCAAAAACCUGUUCAUGGAUGGCGACCUCAUUCCGUUACCUUUUCAACGCGUCAUGGCUCCUCUCAUUGCCAAGCGGCGGACCCCUCAAAUUGAGAAGCAGUAUGCUGACAUUGGCGGUGGUUCUCCCAUUCUCAAGUAUACAGAGAUGCAAGGAGCUGGUAUGUGUGAACUACUGGACGAGCUGCACCCAGAAACUGCUCCGCACAAACCUUAUGUCGCGUUUCGUUAUGCGAACCCGCUGACACAGGAGACCGCUCAGAGGAUCAAGGCAGACGGUGUAAAGAGGGCAAUUGCGUUUACCCAGUAUCCACAGUACAGCUGUAGUACGACUGGAAGCAGUUUGAACGAACUUUUCAGACGGGGGAGGGCAGGCGAGAUGGGGGACAUCGAGUGGAGUGUGAUAGACCGCUGGGGUACCCAUCCAGGAUUCAUCGAGGCUGUUGCACAAAACAUUGAGGCUGCUCUAGCCAAAUUUCAACCAUCAGCACGUUCAGACGUGGUUAUUCUAUUUUCGGCUCACUCAUUACCCAUGUCAGUAGUGAACCGAGGUGACCCAUAUGUCCUCGAGGUUUCCGCAUCUGUCAACGCCGUUAUGGACAGACUCGGCCACUCAAACCCAUACCGUCUUGUCUGGCAGUCGCAAGUUGGACCUUCCGCGUGGAUGGGCAUGCAGACAGGGGAGGCUAUCAAGGGUCUUGCUCGCCUGGGCAAGAAGGAAGCAAUUCUAGUCCCCAUUGCAUUCACGAGCGAUCAUAUCGAGACGCUUUACGAACUGGAUCUCGAGUAUCUGAAAGAAGGAAGGGAGCUGGGGAUGGAGCUACAUCGCGCAGAGUCAUUGAAUGGAUCUCCUGUGUUCAUCCGUGCGUUGGCAGACAUUGCGGCAAAGCAUCUGCGUGACUAUUCCACGAGGAGGAUUGGGCCCACGAGUGUUCAGAUGGGGCUUCGGUGUCCGGGCUGUAAAAAUAUGACUUGUGGCCAGCAGAAACAUUGGUUCGCUCGUGCUGGACGUUCCUAG